UAUAUUUUGCACAUUUCAUCCCGUAUGAGCACACUUCAGACUCAGUGUUUGGUGUGAGAUACGGCUUUGCUUCAGCCUACAGAUGGACACACCAGGAGCGAAGAAGAGUCUAUUUGGGAAAUGGCACGCAGUGUGCCGUUUAGCGUUGCUCACUUGUGUCUUGGAUGCAGCCCGGGGACAGAUCCGCUACUCUAUCCCUGAGGAGUUGGAGCAUGGAGCUUUUAUUGGCAAUAUUGCAGAGGACCUGGGCUUGGAUUUGAACAAGCUCUCUGCGCGCAGAUUCCGGUUAGUCUCGGGAGCCAGGAAGCAAUAUGUGGAGGUGAAUUUGGAAAACGGAGUUUUAUUUGUCAAUGAAAGAAUUGACCGUGAGGAACUAUGCGAGCAGAGUUUGUCCUGUUCCUUUCACCUGCAGGUGGUCAUAGAAAACCCUCUGGAGCUGUACAGGGUAGAGAUGGAAAUAUUGGACGUAAAUGAUAACUCUCCUAGCUUCCCAUGGAGCGAGUUCAAUCUGGACAUAUCAGAGUCGGCUGUGCCAGGAUCUCGUUUCCCACUUGAGAGCGCACAGGAUUUGGACGUCGGUUCCAACUCGUUGCGCACCUAUUUACUGAGCGUAAAUGAACAUUUUCUUUUGGAUAUACAGACGCGCAGUGAUGGCAGUAAAUUUGCAGAGUUAGUCCUACAGAGCUCACUGGACAGAGAGCAGCAAAGUGCGCAUCAAAUGGUCCUAACUGCGGUGGAUGGGGGCGCGCCGGAGAGAUCCGGCACUGCGCAAAUUGAUAUCACAGUUUUGGAUGCAAAUGAUAACGCGCCUGUGUUUGAUCAGUCAUUUUACAGAGUUAGACUUGCUGAGAACGCACCAAAAGGCACAGUUGUUAUAAAACUCAAUGCGUCCGAUCUAGACGAGGGUCCCAAUGCUGAUAUAACCUACUCAUUCAGCGGCCACGCUCCACUCAAAGUGCGCCAGCUCUUCAGUGUAGACGCGCGCACGGGGGAAAUCAAAGUCAAAGGCGUUAUAGAUUAUGAAAAGGCUAGGAUGCAUGAAAUUUAUGUUCAAGCUAAAGAUAAAGGCCCAUCGGCUGUGGCAGUUCACUGUAAAGUGCUAGUGAAUGUUUUGGAUAAAAACGACAACCUCCCAGAGGUGAUCCUCACAUCCGUGUCCACACCUGUCCAGGAGGACGCACCCCCGGGAACAGUGAUAGCUGUCAUUAGCGUAAUGGACAAAGACUCAGGUGAAAACGGGAAUGUGGACUGUGAGAUCCCCCAUCAUGUCCCAUUUCAACUCCACUCAUCCUUUAAGAACUACUACACAUUAGUAACUUCGGAUUUUCUGGACAGAGAGGGAGUCGCUGAGUACAACAUCACCCUCACUGCCAGAGAUAUGGGCUCUCCACCUUUAUUCACGCGGAAAACUAUUCUGGUCCAAGUGUCUGAUGUAAAUGAUAACGCGCCUCGCUUCAAGCAGCCCUCGUAUACUGUGUAUCUGACAGAGAAUAACGCGCCGGGUGCUUCUAUCUGCUCUGUGACAGCGCAGGAUCCCGAUUCUGGCCAAAACGCAUACCUUUCCUACUCUAUAAUGGAUGCUGAUAUUCAGGGAAUGGCCAUGUCCACGUAUGUGUCCAUCAACUCAGACAACGGGAACAUUUACGCACUGCGAUCGUUUGACCACGAGCAACUUAAAAACUUUCAGAUCACGGUUCAGGCGCAAGACGCAGGUUUCCCGCCUCUGAUCAGCAACGUUACGGUAAAUAUCUUCAUUCUGGACCAGAACGAUAAUGCACCUGUUAUUGUUUCACCAGUCACCCGAAAUGGCACAGCACCCAGCGAAUCAUUGCCCAGAUAUGCAGACGCCGGUCACCUUGUCACCAAAAUCAGCGCAGUGGACGCAGACGCGGGUCAAAACUCGCGUCUCUUUUAUCAGAUGCUCCAAGCAACAGAUCCAAGCUUGUUCAGCGUAGCCCUCUACACGGGGGAAAUCAGGACAAUCCGCCAGCUGGUGGAGAAAGACCCCACGAGGCAUAGACUGGUCAUUCUCGUGAAGGACAAUGGUCAGCCGCCCCUCUCGGCCACAGUUUCCAUCAUCCUGUCAGUGGUUGACAGCCUGCCAGAUUUACAGCCCGAUUUGGGUGACCUGUCACUAAGCCCGCAUCACAGUUCUAACUUCACCCUCUACUUAAUCGUGUCUCUGGGCGCAAUAUCCUUCACGUUUCUGGUGGCUAUAAUCGUCCUGGUUACAGUGCGCAGACUGAAGGGCAGACCGUCCAACAGAGAGUCCAAAUUUCCCUCCAUGAGUUCAGGCUGCUGCAGCGGUUGCUGCACACGCUCAGAAGCAUCCACCACCUCAGAAGUGUUCAAAAAGUCCAACCUGAACAUUCGGAUGUCCGCAGGCGCACCCGGCUGCGCAGAUUCAACCAGCAACGGCGCAGUUCCGCAGGUCUACUGUUACAAAAUGUGUCUGACCCCAGAAUCGUCCAAAAGUGACUUCAUGUUCCUCAAACCCUGCAGCCCAGUGAUGUCAGUACAGCAGAACAACGCCAAGAGCACAGACUAUCUGACCUCUGGCUGGAGCGCGCUGGACCGGAAUGAGCUGGCCAACAACAGAGCAACGACCCCAAAUGAGCUCAAGUAUUCAAACAAGGACUGGACCUUGACCAAGAACCAACGCAACUCAGCCUACAAGAGGUAUAGUUCAGCAAACAUGGAAGGCACUCUCUCCCGUCAACAAAAGUAUGAUGCUGAAGGAUUCUCUUGCCCUGUAGCUCCUCAGUACUGGACCUGGGGAAACCACAUGAAAGACUGCAAGAUGUCUCUUCAAGAGGGAGCAGUUCCUAACUACUCUUGGGUUCCAAAGUACACUCAGCCUCAUUCUGAGCCUCCAGAUUACCAGCACAAUGUCUAUAUACCUGGCACCACGUCUGACUACAGCACUCUGAAGCUGGCACCCAGAGGAGAGCUGGAUGUCUACAACACCUUCUCUACAUUUGGAAAGAAAAAGAAAUACAUCUCACACUAUGAACAAUCUUUUGACAGAGAUGAUGGUAUCAUAAGCAAUGACAUCUUCAAUUGAUUUAACAUGUUCUGUAUAGUCUCUGUACUUUAAAUGCUUUUAACUGGUUUCAGUUGUUCAACUCUGCAUUUCUUCUACAGUGUGAGUAUUGUACUUGGAGGCUGAGAGACUGUUUCGCCUUUUUAAAAGGUAAUUCAAUAACACUCCAUACCAGAAAAAAAUAAUAUUUUUGUAAAUACUUUGAGUAUGAAAAAGUCUAGUAUACACGCUGCAUCCUCUGCAGCCAUCUGUGAGCUCAGGAUUUGCUCUGUUUGAAAGUUACAGGUGCUCAGUAAAAAUCUAAGUGAAUGUCUCACUUGAGAAUAUUUUUUUUUCUUAAUGUUGACAUCUUAAAGUCUAUAAAACAAGAGUUUUCCAUGUACCAGUCACAUUUAUUGUAUGUAGAUGCACCUUAUUGUCUUAUAGGGACAGCUAAUGAGUGCAAUAUUGUGUCAAAGCUGUGAACAAACUUACUGUAACACCAAGAUUUUAAUCUUUUUAUAUAUCAAAGAUGUGUAUUUAAAAAAAAAAAUACAACAUUGUGCUUGACGAAAUGCAGAAUCUUUGCAGGCAUUAUUUUUCACAGAUGUAGUAAAUCUUGAAGGAUAAUGCAGCUUAGUUACAAUUGUAGUUGUCCAAUGAGUUCAGAAACUGUCACUGAACCAUGCAUGCUGAAUUUUGGUAACAGGUUAUUUGUUCAUUGUCCAUUAAAUGUGAAAACAGUUCACAUACAACGCACAAUCAAUGCAGACAGAUAUAAGAGGUGACGUAAUGAACAUUGCAAGCAGCACAUGUUCAUUUAAAAAGAUCUUCAGUGGAGAUGCAUGUGACUUCAGAAAUAUGAAUCAAAAUGUUAAUUGUGUCCAUCAGGAUGUAAACAAGCAGGGUUCACUGAGCAAUUAUGUUACAAGGAAGCACAGCAGCACAGCAGCACAGCAGCACAGCAGCACAGAUGUAAUGUUGCUCAUUUGGCUUGUGCAGAACUCCAUAACAAUGACACAUCGCAUUAAAAAGUUGACACUUGAGGGCAAUAAAAGAGCUACAAUGCUACUGCAAUAACAUUCUGUUUGUAAGGUCACUUCUGUUUCAGAUGUUGUAUGCAUUCCAGAUGUGUAUUUAUUAUUGGAUGUGAUUUGUAUAUCCAAAAUGAAACUGUAUAUAUUCUAUGUACAGUAUAUAUUGAUAUCAAUAAAUCUGUUCU